UGAGGAGUGAGAGGUGAGGGAUGAGAGGUGAGGGAGUGACGUAGCAUAAUAUUUCUGCCCUGACGACACACUGACCUACACUGACGUCACAUCCCGAUCUUGAUUCAGCCACUGUCUUGGAACGUUCUUUAAGGUGACCUUCUGACCUCUUGACUUCUCGACCUCUUGACCCGUUGUCCUCUAAAUCUCUUGACUUCUUGACCUAUUGACCUCUUGACCUCCUGACCUCUUGCCCUCCUGCAGGGGUACCGUCGCCGAUGAAGGUGUCGCCUCAGAUAACACACAGAGCAGUCCGGGCUGGCAGUCAGUGGUCCACCGUCACCCAGUUCUCCUUCAUCUCAGAUGGCAUCAGUAGCGACAGUUCGUCUGGCAGGAGGAUCUCAUUCGAAUCUUUUGAGUCCUACACAUCUGAGGAUUCCUCCACUGCACCCAUCCUUCCCCUUGCCUCGCGGCCCUCCGAGGAUACCUUCAGGGCGUAUCUCACGCCCCCAGAGACGCCGCCAGAGGUCUCACGACGCCAUGGCUAUGUCCUCGAGUCGGGGAGCCACGAUAACCCCUGUUGUGUGCCUGAAUCAGGCGCCCAUGACGACCCCUGCUGUGUACCCGAGUCAGCCCACGACAAACCCUGCUGUGUGCCCGAGUCAGGCGCCCAUGACGACCCCUGCUGUGUACCCGAGUCAGCCCACGACAAACCCUACUGUGUGCCCGAGUCAGGCGCCCAUGACGACCCCUGCUGUGUACCCGAUUCAGCCCACGACAAACCCUACUGUGUGCCCGAGUCAGUAGGUCAGGACACGCCUCGCUAUACCCCUGAAUUCGACACCAUUAUAGAGUGUGAUGAACGAAGCCCCAGAGUAGAGAACGCGACGACGUUUUUCCAAUGAACGCAACCCUCUAUCUUUCUUUCUCUAGUGAACGCACCCCUCUGUCUAGUGAACGCAGCCUUCUGUCUAGUGAACGCGCUCAGAUGUUCUCGAUAAAACUCACUCAAUGGGCUCGAAUGAAAUCUGUCUAGUAUCCUAUUGAUAAACUCUCGGUGUUAUAGCUUGGCAACCUGAACCCACGUCGGAUUACCUGAAGAUUAGACACCCCCAAAUGCUAAUCUAACCCACCAGGUAGAAUUUGGGUGGCUAAUCUUCAGGUGAAAUAAGCUGAUGUGUAAUCUUUGAUGGGGUGAUUCUUCGUCUACUCCUGCUGUGUGUAAUGAAUGGCUGAGUUCUAUUCAUUCCUUUCAAUAUCCAGGAGAACUAUUCUGACAAUGAAGAGAAUUUUGUGUUAUUUAUAUUUCUUUCAGUACACCAAACGUUCCUAGUCUUACGUAAACAUGUUAGUUUUAUCUUUUGUAUAACUUGCUAUUGUUAACAGAGUAAACGCUUUAUAGUUGUUUACAUCAAGUCGGUUUAUUUGUUGUUAUCAGUAAACACACACACACCUGUAUCGAUUAUAUCAAAGGUAAUAUUUAUCAACCUUUUAUAAAUCACAAACUGUGUAAGUCACUUUUCUUCUGUAACGUUCACACUACAAGUUCCUCGAAACGAUGAUUUUUUUUUUUUUUACAAACUCAAAAUCUUGUGAUGGUUUUACUGAGAAGAAACGAAUCAUUUUGAGUUAUCCAUAAUUUUUAAUAUUUAUGUCCAAUAAUGAAAAACACACAAUAUAGAGUUCAUAAGAGAA